UGGCAGUACAAGAAAACGUUCCGUUCGCGCGAAACUGCGAUACUUCAUUAAAAUUUUAUAUUUCCAUCCGACAAAGUGUGUUUUUUGUUUUGUUUUGUGUGUAUCCGCGAGAAACGUUCAUUUUGCAAAAUGAUCCAAAGAGUUUUAAAAGAAGUUCCAGCAAAUAAUAGAAACGGCCAGUUCAACGAAAUUAUCGAGCGCUUCGAAAAGUCAGAAGAUCCGCUGGAGAAAUUUCGCAUCAUUGACGAGCUAGAACACAAGGGCGGCUUUCGGAGACCAAAACUUGAACCUCGCAUAGCCAAGAACAACGAGACAAGUAGGAACUAUCGUAAUUUGGGUAAUGUUCGAUUCAACAAACGUACUAACGAUGGAUAUACAAAAGCACUGAAGCAAUACAACAAAGCCCUUUGUUAUGCUGAAAAUGGAUCGGAAGAGCUUGGACUUGGCUUCGCGAGCCGUUCAGCGGUUUACUUUGAACUCGGCUUAUACGACAUUUGUAUCGAAAACAUACACCUUGCCAGACAAACUGUUUCAGCUCGAAACAUGGACGAAUUGAACAAUAGGGAGGCCGAAUGUGUAAGACGAAAUGGUCUGGCGAGAAAGAAACCAAUGCCCGUUCAUACUCCGAAGCUCAAUUUUCCAGCGAAUGUUCAGAUUCCGUUCAUUGCAAAUUGUUUGAAAGUGGACAGAAACGAACAAUAUGGACGACACAUCAGGACAACAGUGCAUCUAAAAGUUGGUGAUGUAGUCGCUGUUGAAGAAGCAUUCUGCUCAACGUUGGAUCACAAAUACAAAUAUGAGCGGUGCGAGAAAUGUCUAAAGGAGAACAAUUUCAACUUGAUGCCAUGCAGACAUUGUGUAAGGUCUAUGUUCUGCGAUACGUGUCGCGACGAAGCUUAUGAACAAUUCCAUAAACUUGAAUGUCCGGUUGUUGACUUAAUGGCACAGUUACUUUGCACAUACACCUCCGUCACUCUCAGAACAGUCAUUCGUGCGAUUACCAGUUUCGAAUCGGCUGAAUCGCUGACUACUCAUGUUGAAGAAAUAAGUGGUCAGGAUUUGACGAUAUUCGAUUGCGAUUAUACGAAAAAGUCGUCGUAUUAUGCACCCGUAUAUUUUAUGGCCGAAAAUUGUGUCAAAGAUGCUGGGCUCAGCAUCUACAUAGUGGCAUCAUUAAUUGCCCAACCUUUGUUGGAAUUGACAGAACUUAAAGAUACGUUCUCUGAUGAAAAGGCAGCCUUCACAAUCAAACUACUAAUUCAACACCACCUGAAAAGGAUUCCAAUCAUCCAUAGCCGUUAUGCAACCUACAAUAAAAAGGAAUUUUUCCAAUACGCGUCAGGAGUUCAUCCAUUGCGUGAUUUGCUGAAUCAUUCUUGUGCGCCCAAUUUGUUUAUAACAUCGGUUGGCAAUAAAUUCGUUUACACUGUGUUGAAACCAAUCGAAGCCGGAGAGCAGCUGUUUGAUAAUUACAACGUUGACUUCAGACGCAGAACACGAGCAGAACGCCAAGAAAUACUGACGACAUUUCGUUGUCAGUGCAUGGCGUGUCAAUACGAUUAUCGACUGGAGUCAGAAAUCGGAGAGGGAAGACAUGUACCAAAUAUGCCUGUUUGCGAUACGGUGUCAUUUGAAUCAAUGCGAAUAUGCGCAGCAUAUUUGAAUAAGUACAGCCGAUACUAUCCAUGCAAGCAAUUGCUACGCGCAGAAAGUCAAUUUCGUGGUCAGUUGGUAACAAUUUAUCAGACCGAAGUGCCAAUGGAGGAAAGAUUCAAAUAGCAAACCAAGUCAAUGUGUCGGAUUGUAGGUCAAGGACGUAACUGGUAAAACUGACGUUAAUGAAUUGCAAUUUUUAUCUUUCUUUAAACGUUUGAAUGUAAAUACUGUAUAAGUUACACGCUGAAUAAAUCGCAAUCCGGGAAAAAUAUGUU